AUGGACCCACGCGACCCAAUCGUCACGCUGAACGUCAAAAAUUCCGCUGGUGGCACUGACGGACUUUACGUUCACCAAGGUGUCCUUUGCAAGAGCUCAAAAUUCUUUCAAACCGCCAUGAAAAAAGAGUGGGCUGGCUUGAAAGACGAACCCCAUGUCAUCGAUCUUCCUGAGGAUUGCACGGAAACGGUCAAGAUGUACAUCGAGUGGCUGUACACGGGUAAAAUUUCAAGCAAGCUAUGCAUGACAAUGGAAGAAUGCAAUUUUGAUGAUAAAAAUUUCUCCAGAGAAGCGGAGAAAAACUUCAUUGUGCUUGCAAAAGCACACAUCUACGGAAAAAAGAUCAUCGAUUCAGUUUUCACCCGACAGAUGUUUAACGAGAUGCGAGAGACCCUAUUUUGCUAUAUGCGCUGGCCUACAGCAGAUUCUCUACUUCGGCGCAUUAUUGCUUCAAAACUUGCAUAUCACCUGGAGGAGAAGGACGAACUGGAUGCUGGCCUUCUCGAUGUUCUUGAUAAAUAUCCUCAUCAAGCUCUGGUAGAUACAUUGAAAGCCAUUGCUAGACCGUGCCGGCAGCCAUGA